GGACGGGACGGUGCCUCUCCUCCGCACCGCCGGGACAGCCGCACCGAGGCUCCCGGCUUGCUGCCACCCCGCCAUGGCUCCCAGCUCCGAGCGGCUCUUCGACUCCCUGGGACACUUCGGCAGAUUUCAAGCAUGUGUUUAUUUUGCAUCUGUCUUUCAAGCUAUGUCAUGUGGUAUCCAUUACUUAGCGUCUGUGUUUAUGGCUGUUACUCCUAACUUUGUAUGUGGGAUCCCUGGAAAUGUGAGUAGUGUUCUUUUCUACAACUCCACUGAAUCAAGUAUAGAGGACAUCUGGACACUAUGGACAUCAGCAGAAAAUUACAUUGUAGUCCAGCUGGAAAAUGGAGAAAUCUGGGAACUGAAUCAAUGCAGCAGGUCUAAGCGAGAAGUCAGUUUGGAUCUGGUAUAUGAAUACAAAGGCAACAAGUCAGUAUUUUCUUGUUCUGAUGGAUUUCUCUAUGAUGAUACAAAGUGGAAGAGCACUGUUGUUACGCAGUGGGAUCUAGUCUGUGACCAAGAAUGGCUUGCAAAAUUAAUCCAGCCUACCUUCAUGCUUGGAGUCUUGAUUGGAGCAGUGAUUUUUGGUGACAUUGCUGACAGACUGGGAAGACGGCGUGUUAUAUGGUUCACGAGCGCUGGUCAGUUUGUAUUUGGCAUCGCAGUGGCCUUCACAUUUGACUACUACAGUUUCGUGAUUGUGCGCUUUUUCCUUGCUAUGGUUUCAAGUGGCUAUCUGGUUGUGGCUUUUGUUUAUGUGACUGAAUUUGUUGGCAUUAAAGCACGAACCUGGGCUUCUAUGCAUGUCCAUGCUUUUUUUGCUAUGGGAAUUAUGGUUGUGGCACUCGUGGGAUUUUUGGUUCGGACCUGGUGGGUCUAUCAGAUAUUUCUCUCCAUAGCGACUCUUCCCUUUGUCUUGUGCUGCUGGAUGCUCCCAGAAACACCUUUUUGGCUCCUGUCAGAAGAAAGAUAUGAAGAUGCACAAAAAGUAAUUAAUAUAAUGGCAAGAUGGAAUAAAGUAAGCACUCCCUGCAAAGUUUCUGAACUGUGCUCAGUCCAACAAGAUGAUGUAGUCAGUGGCAGAAUGGGUGACAAUGACACGUCCUCAAUAAAGAAGCACAACAUCUUAGACCUGUUUUGCAACUGGCACAUUGCAAGAAGGACCAUCACAGUCUGGCUGAUCUGGUUCACUGGGAGCUUGGGAUACUACGUCUUCUCCCUCAGCUCUGUCAGUCUAGGAGGCAAUGAAUAUUUAAAUCUCUUUCUCAUAGGUGCUGUGGAGUUGCCUUGCUAUAUCAUUGCUUGCAUUGGGAUGGACAAACUGGGAAGGAGAAACACACUCAUUCCGUUCCUUAUUUUAAGUGCACUGAUCUGUGUUUUAAUUAUGUUCAUACCUCAGGAUUUCAGUAUAUUAAUCAUCUUAGCAAAUAUGGCUGGAAAAUUUUCAAUAGGUGUGGCAUUUGGCCUUAUAUAUCUCUACACAGCAGAACUGUACCCAACAAUUGUAAGAUCGCUUGCUGUUGGAAGUGGAAGCAUGAUGUGCCGUGUAGGAAGUGUGGUUGCUCCUUUCUGUGUAUAUCUGAGAAGUGUUUGGAUUUUCAUGCCACUUUUGCUUGUUGGAAUCAUGGCUCUUCUGAGUGGAGUAUUAACAAUAAUGCUUCCAGAAACACUGGGAAAACCAUUGACUAAUACUUUGGUGGAAGCUACAGAAAUGGGAAGAAACAAGAAAAGCUGUUCAGGAAAGAUUCCUCCAGCACACAGUGGUGUGACAUUAGAGAAGAUAGAGAUGUUUGGUCAAGAAAGAGCCCGCACUGAGAAAUAAAGCAACAGCAAAAUGGCUGUUCCCAAUUUUAAUCUUUAUAUAAUUUAUAAGAUAUUUUUAUUCAAGAAAUGUGACUGUUCUACAAUAUCUGUGCCUUUUAAUUUGUAUCCAGUUUUGCCUUUUCAACAGAGCAAGUAUAUAAAAGCUUAUCCACAUGACUGAGGUACUGCAGAAAAUUUGAUAGGAUUUUGAGAUCCUUUAGAAAACCUAUCAGACUUGCUGUGACCAGUCGGAAUGACUAUUCUAAAUGUUGGAACCUACCUGAUUACACAUAUGUAAAAAAUAUGCCAAUUCCUUGCUUCACGUUUUCUGCAGUUCGAUUUUAAACUACAAAGUGCCCUGUCCACUCUCAUCCUGUUGCAGCUGACAGUUACAGGCUUGAGACUUCAAAACACGGUAAACUCAGUUAUAAUUCAAGAGAGAAACCUUAACAUUGCAUCAAGUCAUAUCAAUAAUUUCAAAGUCUAACUAAUUUAUUCCUUUUUUUUCCCCCCAAAUUUUCUACUAGAAAAGGUGCCAUUGCUAACAAAGGAAAGUAUUCUGUGGAACAGCUUCUGACUGAAAAAAUAAUACUAAGUUUGCAAAAUGUGCAAAUAGUUUGUGUACUAUUCAUUCUGUUGAAUGGCAAAUGUAUUUUUAUUAGUGGUUUAGAAAAAAUUGUUCACUGGAUCUACUGCUGGCUUAGUAAGCUCUAGUUUAGGUAAAACUAAAAUGUCUGAUGCCUUUGAAAGUCAUAUUCAUUCCAGACCGUUAUUUCAGUGCUCCCCUUCUCACUAAUUUCAGCUCAGAUCUAGCAUCAGAUUCUUCAUAACUUUCAAGAGCUACACCAGCAACUUUGCCAAACGCCUCCGUGAAGGUCUUCUCAGUCCUCAGUGGAGCAGAAUAAGUGGCAAAUGGGUCUUACUCAGGCUCUCUGCACAGAGGUGGACUUAAGUUAGCAGACACAAUAUCUACACGCCAUUUUUCUCAUAGACCAGCUGAGUGUAGCUUCUUUUUCCUUAUACCACACAAAAUCAGUGAGAGAAAGAUAAUUUUAAAAAUGGUAGCUGGAGGACACUGACCAAUAGAAGAGUUACCAGUUACUGUAGUAGUUUUAGUCAAAGUGUCUGCAAAUGUCCCACUGUUGUUACACCUCAGAUGUGCAUCGACACUUACUUGCUGGUGCAGUGAUGGUGCCUUAUGACUGUGGACCACAGAAAACUGAUAGAUAGGAAUACAUCAUUCUGCCUGCUAGUUUUAUGGCUUCUGUCCCACCUCACCUUUUUCAGUCUACCUUCAGACCUGGGGGUUUCUUCCUUGCCUGAGGAUCUGUAUCCUCUUCUCUCGGCCACCGUUGGUGGCAGCACAUGAAACUUCUGUGUGUUGGGGUUCAGACAGCCCUCUCUUGCCUGGGCUGUGUGAACCCUGCCAUCCCUGGUUUGAAAUCAGAAUUCUCCUCAUCUUAGGCACCUGCUCUCAUGCUAGCUGGUUAUGAUGUCAUCAAAACAAGUCUUCCAUUGUUUACUUCUUUGCCAUGUACCCCCAAAUAAGACAUCUAUAUUACUGUAGAUAAAUAUUCUAUAUACUGUAGAGUUUAACGGUCACAUUUUUCAAUUCUAUCUGCACAAUCCUAUUAGUUUCAAUGACUUCUGAAACCAGAAUAAUGGUUUACAUACCCUUAUAAAAGAUUUUUUUCUUCAUUGCACUGUCCUAGAGUGUCAAGUAGCAUUUUGGUCCUGGUAUUAGGGCAAAAUCAUACCCUAUAUGAGGACUAACAUGCUUCAAAGCCAAGCAAAAAUUGGGAGUUUUAGGUUCAGGGAGUUUCUGUGUGAAAGGGAUCUUUAUGCUCCCUUCAAUUCUGUGGGUGUUCCAGUAUUUGCAGAGAUAUAUUAGUUCAGCAAAAGCUUGUGCUUAACCUUACCCGCAUGAGUAAUCCCAUCAUUAUUCAGAGAACGACUUGAGUACAUACUUUGAUGACUGAAGAUAGGAUUACUCACAUGCUGUGGCUUUUUAUUUUGCUGAAAAGCAGACCUGGUAUUCUUCCACUGCUUUCAGAUCCCCUUCCACUUCCCAGAGCAGAACAACUCUCCUUAUCUGCAAGAUCUGUUGCCAAAUGUCGCAUGCCCUGCCUUAAACAGGGGGUUAACCAUACUAAAAAAAUAAAA